GUUGGCAACAUAUGCGUGUGUAGAAUAUGAAAAAAAAUAGAUUACCUACAUAGUACAAUACAUUAGUAAGUAGAAGGCGAUUGUCGAAAGUUUUCAGCAAAUUCUGUAUACUACGUCUGGAAGUACCUACCAUACCGUUUUGUUGACAGCCUUACUCGCAAGAUUUUGCAAUUAAAUUUGGCGAACCUAGCAAACUAAUUAAAAAUGAGUAAGAAACCACUCGAUCCAGCCCUACGAAAUCGGUUUACUCGGUUUCUGCAUACUGGAACUGAGAAUCCCAUUUAUUACCCUGGAUGUUGGACGGCUCACAACUACUUCGAUAAAACCAAGUUGCCAGUCGUCGAAGAUAUCUAUGCAGAUCCAGAAUAUGAUAUGUCUGAACUUACAGAGAUCGUUGUAAAGGCAUUCACAGACGACUGGUAUACUCGCUAUGACACCCUAGCUUUCAGUCUGGUCAAAAUUAUUAAUGUUGGUCAGCAGAAGCAUAAAGAAGCGGCAUAUAAAGCUGCAGCUGUUAUAUGCGUUACUCCAGAGCAGAUGAUGCUUUUCAACAAAUACACUAGGGUCUUAAAAACAGGUAAUGGUAGGGGAUGGUGCAAGAAUGUCCAAGAAUGGUAUCUUAAAAAGGAGCCAAUAGAACUUGCCGGAGAAAUAACGCGAGUGCGUGGUCGUCACGGCCGCUCUCAUAAAACACUACUACGAAAAUCACAUGUGAAAAUUCCUGCUGAAGAUCAUGCUCGGGAUGCUGUCGUAAAAUAUGCUAUUUUCGGAUUUAAAAAAGCUAAGCAGUUGGUUGGUGACUCACCUGGCACCAAGGAGAUUUUCGAAAUAAUCCAAAGGGUUGAGAAAAUGCGUGUUUGUGAAGAUGCAGUUGCGGCCGCCGCCAUGGCUGCGCAAUACAAGUUCACUUUAGACCAUGUGCCUGGACAUCUGCUUACUUCUCAGGAUGUUUGGAAUGCAGUGCUGCCUCAGAUGACUCUUGAAGAGCUACUGCACAAUAUCCAGCGCAUUCACAAUAUGGGCUUCUUGACUAACGAGUCAACAACCAAUGCUAUCCUCAUUUCUCUGUUGAACCACCCAGAUGUUAUUAAAAAGUCGAAAGUAACCGCAUUGGCUGUCUAUAUUGCUUUGUGUAACUACAAGCAGAAAAGCAGGCCCCUGAAGUACGAAAAAGCAAAGGUUUCAGCGGAAAAGGAAUCUCGACGCCGUACUCGCCAGAUGUAUGAUAGCAAAACUGGCACAUGGGAGUGGACUGUCACCAAGCGACACCCCAAGGAGGUGAAGCAUUGGGGUAUCGACAAGCUACCAAACCCAGCUGUGAUUGCAGCUCUUAACAAACUGAUUGACAUGACCUGGUUACUGACUCCACCAACUAAGGCUCGUUAUAUGAUCACCAUGGAUAUGAGACACCAUAUGUUCAAGGGUCGUCAUUUCUGCAAGAGUUUCACUGUACCCAAAAAGGUCAAGAAGACAACUGCGCAGUCUACCCCAGGCGGCAGUGGCGGCGGCGGCGGCGGCGGCGAUGCUGACACGGAGAAGAAGAACAAGAAGAAACUGCAUGCUGAAUGCUUUUACAACAGGCACGUCACUCCGGGCCAUGCAGCCAUAAUCAUCGCCCUGCAAUUACUGAAACGUGAGACAGACGUAAAGCUGGCGAUUUUCACUGAAGGAGGUGUUGAGUUGGUCUCAAUCGAACGUAACUUUAGCACCAUCGAUGAGGCCGAGUUUGUGCUCAGACAAAAAGUCAACCUGGGCCGCGUUCAACUCGACGCUCCAAUAGAGUGGGCCUCUAAGAACAACGUGCCUAUUGACGUUUUCAUCAACAUGGUGGACCGCCCCACUCGCUUCACGGAAUUAGACAGGACCGAACGCGGGGGUCGCGGCCCGGGAGGAAGAUACGGACCUCCGCCUUCCCCGGAGAGCAAACUAGUGGACCACUGUCCCGUACGAGCGCUGGAGAGAUACAGGCAGAAUUCUGGCGUCGAGGAAGCAAAAUUGAUCGUCAUGUCGCUAGCAUCUCACCGCGUAGCCACAACGGACGGCACCCACGAAGGGGUGCUCGAUAUAGUCGGCAUCGACGAAUACGUGCCGAAGCUCAUGGACGCCUUCGUAUUGGGCCAGUUCAAGUAAACGACCGACGUGCUUAUCUAUCACACUUAUAUGGUAUCUGGAAUAAUAUAAGACCAUAAAAGUAGUACGUACUAAUGUGACGUCGCAACUGAUGGAUGUGGCGCAUAUUGCACCUCAAUUCUGUGAUUUAUUUGACGGUUUCACAACUGCGCUGAAAACUACGUGGGAUGCAAAACGACUAUACAGUACUAUAGUUUCAAGUACAAUAAAGAAUUUCUAUUGUCUUAUAUUAUUCUGAUUCUAUGCACACAACUGUCAAUUUCAGAACGCAGUGUAUAGAACAUCCGGUAGCAAAAGGGUCUAUUUGCACAACCUGUAUUCCCUGGGGGAAAGUUGUUCAUAGUAAUUGGUAGAUUGACUCUAUUAGUAUAUGGGUUUUUUAAGUUAUUUGCUUCUUGAUCUAGAUUUUAAAAGAUUAUCUAGAUAUUUUGUUGAAUCUCAUAAUCCUGAUAAACUUGUACAUAUUUUGAAUCACAUGUUUCAAGCCCUUUGUUUUAUGUAAACUCUUUGCAAACUUGGUCCACCAAAUUAUAUAGUUUUAGAUAUAAAUUUUCAAAUUGUGGUCUUGUUUUAAUUUGAUAAGCAUUUUAAUCAAACAAACCAUUUUACCUUACUCUGACCAAUAAUCACGCUAAUUAUUAAUUGCUAAACAUUUAUUGUCCGCGUUAUAAUCAUCAUAACAACUGUGUAAAUCAUAACAUUAAGAUGAUUAUAACGCGGACAAUAAAUUUUUAGCAAUAAUAAUUUAUUUAUUUUUGUUAAUAGCAAUAAAGCAAUAUUGUUAUUAACAAAAAUAAAUAAAUGGGUGUUCUUUACACUGCGUUGCAACUAUCGCAAUUUUUUAUCAUACGACUUUCUAAUACCUCAGUAUUUCUUUUUUUUUAAUAUGACUAUAAUUGUGUUCUGGAAUCAGUGAAAUAAGUCGAACUAUAUGUGACUAGAAUAAGAACACAUAAAUUUUACUUAUUUAGGCAUAGAAUUCAAAUAUUAUGUCUCGACUAGCGAUCUCUGUUUAAAACAAGGAAGUUGUGAACUUAGACAAUUAUGACUAACUGCCGCGACGCAAAAAGCUAUCGCUCUCCUGUUUCACUUUGACGUAAAAUGAUAAAAAGCGAAACAGUGAUGUAUUUCGCGCCAUAAAAACGGCGUACCGCGGGGGCCAGUCUCCUAGAUAAAGAUUAUAUUUUAGAUUUUUUGAAAAUAUGACCAGUGUCACUUCAUGUCGAUAUUUAUUGUUAUUUAAACUCUUUUUGCAUUCUAUAUAUUUUUUCGGAAUACUUCUACAAAAUAAUUAAAUAGUUUUUGAAUGCUAAAAAUGUUUCAUUAAAAUCUUGAAUUUUCAAUUGUAUGAAUAGUAAUAUUUGGCAAAAAGGUGUUACAGUUCACUUUUUAUCUUUUGAAAUCGAUUUGACGUGACACAACGCUUUAAUUGCGCAUAUAUAAUUAAAGAUAUUUUUAUGAAUAACCGCGCUUAUGCCAACAUUUAUACUUCCAAUAUUUUUUUACCAUAGAUUCAAACAAUAGAUUAAGUAAAAUUUAAUUAUCGUUUUUCGCAUUGUGCUUUAAGUAAGCGGUAUUUAAGUCAUUUUUUAUUAUUUGUUUGCGUUAGCUUUACUCUUUAUUGUGUAAGUAUUAAGUGUGUAUCGUAAUUUUAAGCAAAGUGUUUGUAGCUUGAACCAUUCAUAACAGGGUCUUUUUGGUCUUUCAAAAAUUGGCACCUGGCGCUCACUAUUCUCUCCUAUGUGUUCAAUAUUACAAUAAAUUUAAAAGGGGGUAUAAUUUUGACAAAAGGGGGUGAUAUUUCUUUUGUAACAUUCUUCCUGAAGAAGGAAAAUACUAUUGCGAAUUCAUAUAGGAGCUGAUCAAUACUAAAAUUCCCUAUCAUAUUAAAAGAACAUAAUGGUUAUGCCAUUAGCACUGUUGCAUUUUAUUAUUUUUACCAUGACAUAUAUAUUUAGGAAAAAAGAUAAUUAAAAGGUUUUUACUUUGUAACUGAUUGGCAGCUUUGACCUUUGUUAUUAAAUAGGUGUUUGCUUCUUCAGGAAUAACUUUAAAAGAACUUAUUUUACAGCCCGAACGUCAUCGCGCCUUCCUAGUUUGAUCGCCAGUACUCUCAUAGUUGUUGAUUCUCAAAUUUUAUUUAUUACUCUGACUUUAGUUGUAAUGCGUUAAAUAAGGAGGAAGGGUUAUAAUAUACAGUGGUUGUGUAAUUAACUAUUCCAUUUGCCAAAGCUUAAAUGCAUUUGUAUUUUAACAGAGUACUGGCCAUCCAACAAAUCUUAUAAAACAAAAGUAAUAAAUCGUAGCAUAUCUUCGAUGUUUAAAGUAUUUUAGAAAAAAAAAAAUGAAUUCAGGUACAUGCUCAUGGUUAAAUAACAACAUGGUUUACAACCUUAAAAGUGGGAAAAAUCAUUAUGCAAGUAAAUAAUGGGCAUGAAUCGGCUUUCAUAAUUUGUGUAGAAAUAGGUGAAACCGUUACAACAUAUUGGUUACUUUUGUACUAAUAUGAACGGACUUUCAGAAUCUGUGAUCACUUGGUACUCUCUCGGGUUUAAGUAUUUUUUAUAACUGAAAAUUUUGAUAGUUUUCAAGAGUUAGAUUGAAUGAACCUCAAAAUUUGCGUUUCAUAUGUAUGAUGUUGAUUUGUUGAAUCAAAUUUGAAGACUAGUUCAUAUAGUAAUUGUCUUUUAUUAACAAGAAUUUCUUAUUUUAAACAUUUUUUAUUUUAACUCGUGUCACGAAUUACGUUUACAGUGUUCACUGUUCCUUGAUUGUAUGUACCAUUAUGGGUUUUUAUAUUUUUGUUGUUGAAAUGUUGUUAUUUUAUUACUCUUAGCUAAAAUAGCAUUCUGUGAUUAAGUGAUGCCUUGGCAACUUCAACCUAGUGAUAUUACUGCUAAAGGGGCUGAGUUUGCUUAUGUAACGUUAUGAUUACAGACAAAGAAAAAAACCUAAUGCAACAACAUGUAACUAUGAGUACAUAUUUUUAUUUUAUUAUGAACUAUUUUGAUGUAUCCCAAUUUGGCCUUUCAGUAUAUUAUACAUUCAAAAACGUAAAAUUGAUCCGUCCCAUUGAAGUUCAUCUGUUGUAUUUCAAACAAUAUGCUUUUAGCAUUAAGUUUAUGAUAGGCAUAAUAAUAUUUUUAUUAACCUGUUCACAGCAGCAUAUCAACAGCACCACAUGAAUAACAAAAUGUAAUAACAUUAAGAAAAUGUACUUGCAUGUUUGUUUUCACGUUAAAUAAACUUUUGAGUAUUUA